AUGUCGCUCAGCAGCAGUGUGGACGAGGGUGCCCCUGCCGCUGGACCCGCAGCGGUUUGGCGAGAAGAUCGGGCUCGUUUUCGCCAAGGUCGGCUUUGUGUUCGGCGCCGUCAGGCUGAGCAUUGUGCACAUAAUUAUGCUCGUCCUGGUGGUGAGCGCGCUGGUGUGCAACGAGACGCGGUUUUUGUAUUUCCUGCUGCCGUUUGCGGUGGUCUGGGCCGUGAACGUGGACCCGUCCGAGAUAGCGAGGCAGGAGGUGUCCGCGCUGGAGCUCCGGCUGGAGGACAUGGAGGCCGAGAUCAGCGGUCUGAAGCUGGGACAGAUGCGCAGACAGCACAACCGCGCGCUGCAGGACCGGUCGCUCGAGCUCAGCGUUGGCCGGCUCCAGCAGGAGCUUGGGCUCAAACUGCGCGAGAGCAGCGCGCACAUCCAGAGACUACAGCUGCAAGUCAGCGAACUACAAAAGGCGCAGAGCACAAAUAG